AUGUCGUCGUCGUCGUCGUCGACUAAUGGACAACGAUUCAAAUACACAACGACGACAUCAAACAAUGAGAUGGCAGUGUUGGAGAAUAUAUACAAGAGGAUCAUUGGACAACAUCAUGAUAAGGUUAUGAUCAAGGACACUGGUACAUCACAUGGUCGUGGACUAUUCACAAAGGUCUCCGUGGCAGCUGGUAGUACCAUCAUCACUGAACAACCAUUCGUCUCCCAUCCCUCAUUCGAUCAAGCAUCAACAAACUCUGUAUGCUCUCACUGCUUGACCAAUCUCCCCACCCCCAUCACCAACGCGACAACUACUGGCAACAACAAACAUCAACAUGUUCAUUGUCCCAACUGUCGUCAGAACUACUGUUCAGUCAAUUGUAAGAAUACAGCAGAGACACAGUAUCAUCUGGCAUGCUGUACAUCGAUUGAUACAGUGAGGAAGUACUGUCAGGCGGAGAAGAGGCGAUUCCCACUACUAGCCGCCAAGAUAGUAGCCCGUAUUCUUCUCGGAUAUCACUUCAACAAGACAAUGGAGCAUUGGGAGAAUCUUCAAGUGUUGUCAUUCGCCAAGAAAGAUCCACCAAUGGAGUGGAAAGACGAUUACCUAGCAUUCCAACGCGCAAUGUUAACAAAGGAGAGCAAUAAGAAGAAGUUCAACUAUGAAUGGUUCGUUAGAGUAAUGCAGAUACUGUAUAUUAAUACUGUCGGAAUACAGGUUGGCGCUACGACACCAACAGCAGCCACACCAGAUUCUGGUAUUGGAUUGUAUUACUUGGCAUCAUUCAUCAAUCACAGUUGUGAACCAAACUGUUUCCUGGCAUUCCCCAAUGAUCAUACUCUCAAUCUAGUGGCAUUGAAGCCUUUGAAACAAGGUGACGAGUUGACCAUCUCCUAUGGCGAUCCGAACAAAGACUAUGUCGAGCGACAAAGUCACCUCUUUGACAACUAUGGUUUCAGUUGUCAAUGUCCCAAGUGUUUACUGGAUCUGCCAUCCAAGCGUCCCAAGAAGCCUCUCGCGGCGGAUAAGUAG